AUGGAGAUCAAAAUGAUAUAUUAGCCAGAUGGCAAGGAUUAUGUACUAAUUGAAUUUCAAGGAGAUUUAGAAUGCGACGAAGAACAAAGCUUAAAUUUUUUAGAAAUAGGCAACUUAGAAAAAAUAGAUGAAAAAAAAUAUAUGAUGAAAAUUGGAAUUUAUGAUCUGGUAGGAAAUAUAGUUGAUUUAAAAGAACCUAUUCUAGUAAAUGAAAAAGUUUAAGAAGAUAAUUAAGUAAAGAUAUAUGUAAGAGGAGUUUGUAAUAAAAAGAUUCUCUUCAACUAAAGACCAACUCCAAUUUUAGAAAGAGCCAUGAAAAAGAAGAAGAAAACUCAAGAAAGGUAGUCACUUAAUGCUUGA